CACACAGACUUAUUCACUACUUGCAAUCUUCUACAUUUCUCAUUUCAUUCCACAUUUCAAACUCUCAUUUCUUUUCAAACAACAAUGGCAGUAGAAGAAGCGCAAACAACAUUAGAGAAGCAGAACCCAAUAACACCAGAAGCCGGCCAAACAAGUACAUCACCACCACCACUACCACAAUACAAAUACUCGAAAAGGGUUCUUCUUAAAACGAUUUUAUGUCGAAGUGACGAAGGUUUAGGAUUGAUAGGACAAAGAGUUGUAGUUGGUGGAUGGGUGAAAUCAUCAAAAGUGGUGCCGCUACAUGACGUUCCUUCGUUCCGAACGACGUUGAUGACAAGACCGAGAGAUGUUUCAUGUGUAGAAAUAUUUCAAUCUCGAAUUCCGCUUUUUCGAACAAUUUUCAAGGUUUUGAAUCACAAGCCUAAUGGUUCUGGUUCUCCUGCUAGAGAAGGUUUAGAUCAAACUCCGGCUAAACCUAUUCCUACAAAAGCUUACUUGCAAAUUAGUGAUGGCUCUUGUGUUCCAAGUCUUCAGGUUUUGCUGCCUUCUUCAAUAGCUACUCUCAGCAAAUUCACAUCUACAGGAACUUCGAUAUUCGUAGAAGGCGUGCUCAAAGAAUCAUCCAUAGAAGGAAAACAUAAAAUAGAGCUUCAAGUGGAGAAACUUCUACAUGUUGGUUUUGUUGAUUCUAAUAAAUAUCCGUUAUCCAAAACACGACUACCUUUGGAUUUCCUAAGGAACUACUCCCAUUUCCGUCCUCGAACUACUACGUUGGCGUCAGUUACCAGAAUUCGCAGUGCAUUGACUCAUGGAACUCACACAUUCCUCCAAAACAACGGGUUCCUUCACGUGAACAUGCCGGUUAUCACUAGUAUUGAUUCAAAAGGUUGCAGUGAGAAGUUUCAUGUCGCAACUCAUUCAGGAAAAGAGGAUAAGAAAGAGAAGCACGAAGCGCUUGUAAUGGACGACAACACUGGAAAUAUCAAUCUUCAAGCGGUCAAGGCAGCUAUUAAAGAGAAAAGUGACAGAAUUGAUGAGUUAAAGAGAAGUGAAAGCAACAGAGAAUCGUUAGAUCUUGCAGUACAAGAUCUCAAAAAGGCGAACGAACUAGCGUUACAAUUGGAAACACGAGAAAAGAAGCAUAAUAAAUCUUCAGCUCAGUCUGGGGAACUGGGCAUCUCUGAUGAUUUCUUUCAUGGACAAAUGUAUCUGACAGUUUCUAGCCAGCUUCACCUUGAGAGCUAUGCGAAUUCUCUAGGCAGUGUUUACACAAUUGGACCUACGUUUUCAGCUGAUAAAACUCAGUCGAUGAAGCAUCUAGCUGAGAUGUGGAUGGUUGAGGUUGAAAUAGGCUUUGCCGAUUUAGAGGAUGUAAUGAACUGUGCCGAGGACUACUUGAAGUUUCUCUGUCGAUGGGUUUUGGACAAAUGCUCCAGUGAAUUGGUGUUUGCAUCAAAACGAAUUGACAAAGAAGUUAUGGAGCGCCUACAAUUAGUGUUGUCAAGCUCAUUUGAAAAGAUCACUUACACACAUGCUAUAAAGCUAUUGCAAGAGGUUCCAGAUAAGAAAUUUGAAUCUAAGAUCGAAUGGGGAGUAGCUUUAACUGAAGAACAAGAGAGUUACUUAGCUGAUGAGAUGUACAAAAAGCCUGUCAUAAUUUACAACCACCCGAAAGGACUUAACCCAUUCUUCGUCCGUCUAAAUGAAGAUAGGCGAACUGGUGCAACGUUUCAAGUUGUCUUACCAAAGACUGGAACUUUGAUAAGAGGUAGCCAAAAGGAAGAGCGUUACGAUAUUAUCAGCAAACGGAUGAACGAACUAGGUUUGCCAAGAGAACAGUAUGAGUGGUAUCUGGAGCUUCGCAGAAACGGAACAAUUAAACACUCAGGCUUCAAUCUAGAGCUAGACCAUAUGGUUCUCUUCUCCACUGGCCUUAUCGACAUUAGAGACGUCAUCCCUUUUCCUAGAAGUUACGGCAAUCCGAGAUUCUGAGACUCCAUGCACUGCGGCUUCUGAUUCCUCCUGACAGGAAGGAGCCUGACAUACAUUUUCAUACUUGCUGUAAACCGAUGGGCGCAUUCUAUUCUAUUAUGCAACUUCGGGGUUUCAUUUGUGUUUAUACAUUAUACUAUCAACAUGUACAUUGUACCGUCAAAAAACCAUAAUAAAGAAGAGAUUAUUUGGAGUAUA